AUGUUUCUUUUUUUUUCAUUCAGGUCAGCAGUUGGUCAGUUUGGGGGUCAUGUUCUGCACCUCCAGGCAGUUGCAGCACGAACAGUGGUACAAGAAAUAGAGGAAGAAUAUUGACUUCAUAUCCCAGCUGUGGAGGAUCAUCUUGCCCUAUAUUAACCCAAAAAUCUCAAUGUACACCUGUUCCAAUCCCUUGCAAGGUUAUUCUUAUUAUUUGCUGCUUGUUUGUCAAGUGUUUUCUGUACAUUUGUCAUAAUCUUUAACAUGAAUCUUCAUCUUUAAAAUCAACACUAGGGAGCUUUAGCAACGACUACAGGUCAUCGAAAACUAUUGAAAUGAAUUGGCGUUUUUACAAUAAACCAGACUGAAAGUUUACUGCACGUUUAAGAUUGUUGUUGUGCUUUUUAAACUAGUUUCUUAAUUUUUAGCGUUCUCUUUGCCGUCGCCGCUGUCGUUGCUAAAGCGCCCUAAUGUCGACGUCAAAACGAGAACCUGCAUAUCGCCAUUCUCAUCAUUAACCUCCACAGUAUCAGUGGGAACAUCAGCCUCAGCUCACACUCACUAUCACCACCAUCAUCAUCCUCAGUAUCAUCAUAAACAAAAAUAGUCUAUAAUCGCCAAGAUCGCACAAAAAGUCAGUGCAAUCAAGCACAUUCAGAUGUAAUUCUGUCUCAGCGUUGGAUUACUAUGAAUUCUGUCAAUUGCUUACUUUCUCAAUAACAUUGUAAAAGUCAUAAAUUCACAUCGUCAUUAACUCAUAGAGGAAUAUUCCGAAUGUAAUUACUUAUUUCCACUGGCUAAGUCAAAGCCCGCGUGAAUUCUCCCUCCGACCUUAUAGUCUUCAUUACACAACGUGCUAUGAUUUUUAAUUCAUUAUUUAGAUGAAUGCGUGGAGUAAGUGGAGUGCGUGUUCCCCAAACAAUGGCAAAUGCGGAGCUGGUACUCAGUAUCAGAUACGUACCGUAGCUACCCAGCCAUAUUGCAGUCCCGCGUGUCCCGCCACGCGACAGACACGCUCGUGUACGCACAGUUGCUGCCCGAGGGACUGCGCUGUGUCGUCUUGGGGUUCUUGGAGUGCGUGUUCUAACAUCUGUGGAACAGGUGGGUAAUAGAAGGCCUUUUUUUGUACUGAUAUCUCUUAAUGAAGACCUCUAUUUAGACAUUACCGUAGCCAGUCAAUAGGCCUUUCCCUAUGGGUUCAAGGGAGAUCAAAGGGGCAGAAGGAAAACUGCUGAAAGGGUGUUCUUUCACUGUAUUGCCUACUAUUGAGCCUGUUAAUUCACACGCUAAAAUUACAACUACACCUGUAUUAAGUGGUUUCCCUCGGGGAUGGCCAACUGGAAGCUUGAUUCAUGCUUAACCAACUAAACAGAAAUCAAGAAAGGGUGAUAAUGGCAAGGAGAAGUAUCCGGAGAAAUACAAAAUAAACUCAAAAGAUUUUCUGUCUCGUUGUGGCAAAAAGAAACGACUGGAUUUUCGAGCUCUAAAGGGUAUCACACACAAAUCUGUUUAGUGCGAUGUUAUUGUUACCUCUUGAGAAAGUGGCCGUUUUAUAGGUGACGACAAGGAAAAACCGAUGAAACUUAAGAAAAUGUCUGAAAAAAAAGUGUGAAGAGCUUUUUUGUCGAGAACCAAUAAAUGAGCCUUUGUUCACAUUUUAUUUUUAUAUAUAUCCAUCAUUUUGAAUUUCAAGAAGUAAAAAAAAAAUAGAUAAAAUCAUUAAAUAAAAAAGUAAAAAACAACAAAAAAAGAUAAAUAAAUGAAUUAAUGAAUGAGUGGUACAAAGAUGAACUGUAAGUGCCGAUUCAAAAUCAUUCACGCUCAACCUCGUCCCCGCCCUGGGGACGAGGUUGAUUCACGCUGGGUUGAUCUAAAAUCGAACAGGGUAAAGUGUCCCAUUAAUAUAAGGUUCUAAUAAAGAAAUUGGAUUUGUGCUGCUGUGACUACUAAUGUUUAUAGAACGAUUUCGAAGAAAAAAAAAAACUUUUUUACCACUGAUAAAAAUAGACUGAACAGCGUAUGUGCAAAUUUACGUUUGGUCCAAGGUACUGGAUAAUUUCAUGUUUUUGACUUUUCUAUUUCAAUUACUCCAGUUUUAGGAACUAUCGGCAUGUCUGAACAGGAUUAAGUUAUUAUUAAUAAUAAAUAUGAAGAUUUUAAUCAGAUCUUAAUGGUUCGCAGGUACAAAGACAAGAACACGGCGCGUUACUGCUAAACCAUAUUGUAAUGGAAGAGCUUGUCCAGCCUUGAAAGACGCAACAAAGUGUUCGCAGUACAACAACCGCGAUUGCGCUGUGUCGUCUUGGGGCUCGUGGAGUACGUGUUCUAACACCUGUGGAACAGGUGGGUUAUAAGAGAGCCUGUUUUUUGUACUAAUAUCUCCUGAUGAACACCUCUAUUUAGACAUAACCGUCGCCUGUGAACAGCUGUGUGAAUAGGCCCUUCGUUAUGGGUUCAGGGGAGAUAUAAGGGGCAGAAGGAAAACUGCUGAAAGGGAGCUCUUUCACUGUAUCCGUUACUAUUGAAUCUGUAAAAUUCACAGGAUAAAUUUACAACUACACCUGUAUUAAUUGGUUUACCUCAGGGAUGGCCAACUGGCAGCUUAAUUCAUGCUUAAUUAACCAACCAAACAGAAAUCAAGAAAGGGAGAUUGUGGCAAGGAGAAGUAUCCGUAGAAAUACAAAAUAAACUCAAAAGAUUUUCUAUCUCUUGUUGUGGCAAAAGAAACGACUGGAUUUUCGAGCAUUAAAGGGUAUCACACACAAAUCUGUUUAGUGCGAUGUCAUUGUACUUCUUGACAAAGUGACCGUUACAGGUGACGACAAGGGAAAAAAACCGAUGGCACUUAAGAAAAUGUCUGGAAAAAAGUGUGAAGAGUUUGUUUGUCAAGAACCAAUAAAUGAGCCUUUGUUUACAUUUUGUGUUUAUAUAUAUCCAUCAUUUUGAAUCUCAAAAAGUAAGAAAAAUUAGAUAAAAUCAUUAAAUAAAAAAAAUAAAAAACAACAAAAAAAGAUAAAUAAAUGAAUUGAUAAUAAAUUAAUAAAUUGAAAAAUAAUAAAAAAACAACACACCAGGGGAAAAACAAAAACAAAAACAUUGGUGCAGUUAGGAAUUCUAAAAAAACGUAGACAAAAAUACGAAAUGACUGAGUGGCACAAAGAUGAACUGUAAGUAUCGAUUCAAAAGUAUUCACGCUGAGUUGAUCUAAAAUCGAUCAGGGCAAAGAAAUUGGAUUUGUGCUGCUGUGACUACCAAUGUUUAUAGAACGAUUUCGAAGAAAAAAAAAACUUUUUUACCACUGAUAAAAAUAGACUGAACAGCGUAUGUGCAAAUUUACGUUUGGUCCAAGGCACUGGAUAAUUUCAUGUUUUUGACUUUUCUAUUUCAAUUACUCCAGUUUUAGGAACUAUCGGCAUGUCUGAACAGGAUUAAGUUAUUAUUAAUAAUAAAUAUGAAGAUUUUAAUCAGAUCUUAAUGGUUCGCAGGUACAAAGACAAGAACACGGCGCGUUACUGCUAAACCAUAUUGUAAUGGACGAGCUUGUCCAGCCUUGAAAGAUGCAACAAAGUGUUCGCAGUACAACAACCGCGAUUGCGUCAUGUCUUCGUGGUCAUCCUGGUCAAUUUGCAGCAAUGGCUGCGGAAGCGGACAGUCCACCCGAACACGCCAAAUAAUAUCGCCAGCAGUAUGCCUCGGGAAGGCAUGCGGGGCUACAAACCAGAGCAGGAAGGGGUAGUCCAUCAUGUACGCCUUCCGCGAAAUAUACUAAUCUUUAUUUGAGUCAUAUAAACUAGGCGCAAAUUGUCCUAAACAUCAGUACAGGCUGUUACGAAAUGCACCUUAGAUCAAGAACGUAUUAGAGGCACCACUAUUCCUUACUACUUCUAGCCGUUACCUUGUUAUCUCUGUUAAACUGUACCUCUAUCGCCCUUGUUUACUUCAAUCAUGGACAAAAGUCUCCGGACACUUUAAAAAUUUGCAUUUCUGGGGCGUUUUCCAAUUCACACAGGCCCAACCCCUCCCCUCACCCCACGAACAAUGUUGGACGCGUGUAUCCAGAAUUUUUUCCGAGUUUCAACUUUGUAUAGGGUUGAGUAGGGAGAACUGCAAGAAAAUUUCAAAAAGGAUGCACAGUUUUACAAUGGAACCCAGAUUGACAGAUCUAAAAAAAUAAUGCAUUCAAAGACUGCAAAUUAUAGUAGUUGGUAAAAAUAUAUCUACGUGUCCCAACUGUUCAUCAGUAGGAUGCCUAAAAUGCGUGCAAUUCCACAAUUGGUUUCGGCUCCAUUAAAUCCUAUACCAACUGCAGAACAUUUUAGGAGGAGCCACUCACCAUGUGAACGCUGUCGUGGAAAACGCGUAGAAGUGAGGAAAAUAACGCAAAGCGAAACUAAGACGUUAUUAAAAGAACUAAAUGUACACGCAACUUAAAUAAAUAAAUAAUGCACGCGCCCAAAAUUAAAUUGCGCGCGCACACGUACCAAGAUACAACUGAAAUAAAAAUUCAAGUAAUAAAUAAGCAAUGUGAGGAUACGAUGGUGGAAUUUAAGCCUGGAUUGCUAAUCUCAUCUCCCGCAGGGCUGCACCAUACUUCUCUACGAUAAGACCAUGGCGACUGACGAAUUACAGUCCCAGAGACUUCUGUCCAUGAUUGUCUGAAUCCUGGUUUUUGGGGGAAAAAAAGUCAGUUUUCUCCAUUUUUCCUACCCCUUUUAGGCAUUUUAGAGACAAGUAGGUGAUCAUAUGCAAUAAUAAUGACCUUUGAAAUAAUUUUCUCAACAUAGCAAGUUUUUAUAAGACAAUUCUCUCAUUAGCCAUAUCGGGCCCAUUCCCCUAAACUGGAGCCAAGUACAGCGGAAGUNAAAAAAUAAAAAACAACAAAAAAAGAUAAAUAAAUGAAUUGAUAAUAAAUUAAUAAAUUGAAAAAUAAUAAAAAAUUAACACACCAGGGGAAAAACAAAAACAAAAACAUUGGUGCAGUUAGGAAUUCUAAAAAAACGUAGACAAAAAUACGUACAAAAUGACUGAGUGUCACAAAGAUAAACUGUAAGUAUCGAUCCAAAAGCAUUCACGCUGAGUUGAUCUAAAAUCGAUCAGGGUAAAGUGUCCCAUUAAUAUAAGGUUCUAGUAAAGAAAUUGGAUUUGUCCUGCUGUGUGACUACCAACGUUUAUAGAACGAUUUCGAUGAAAAAAAAAAACUUUUUAACCACUGAUAAAAAUAGACUGAACAGCGUAUGUGCAAGUUUACGUUUGGUCGAAGGUACUGGAUAAUUUCAUGUUUUUGACUUUUCUAUUUCAAUUACUCCAGUUUUAGGAACUAUCGGCAUGUCUGAACACAAUUAAGUUAUUAUAAUAAAUAUGAAGAUUUUAAUCAGUUCUUAUUAUAAUGCUUCUCAGGUACAAAGACAAGAACACGGCGCGUUACUGCUAAACCAUAUUGUAAUGGAAGAGCUUGUCCAGCCUUGAAAGAUGCAACAAAGUGUUCGCAGUACAACAACCGCGAUUGCGUCAUGUCUUCGUGGUCAUCCUGGUCAAUUUGCAGCAAUGGCUGCGGAAGCGGACAGUCCACCCGAACACGCCAAAUAAUAUCGCCAGCAGUAUGCCUCGGGAAGGCAUGCGGGGCUACAACCCAGAGCAGGAAGGGGUAG